AAUUUGAUUUGUACAUAGACAUCUUAAUCCUCGCGUUACAUCACUGCUUAUAUAAUUGUGACUGAAAUCAAUAUUCACGGACAACAGUCUCACCGUCCACAAAUGUAUCUUGGCUCGAGAAAGGAACACAUCUUAUCGGUGAGAUAUGUCUAUGAUAUAUCUUUAAGCUAUUUAAAGAACUUUAAAAGGAUUUUUUUUGUUUUAAAGAAAAAGACAAGUUUUAUGUUCACAUUAAUAUUCCCAUGCAGCCAAAACAAACACCAACGCCUUUUAUUUAUUUUCGUUCUCGUUCACACUAGCGCCUUAAAACCGGUUAACUAUUGAACCAGUCAAAACCGGACGUAUUAAAACUUUCACUGUGUGUUUUCACUGACUAACGCGUUGACCAAUAGCUACAAUUUUGAAAAAACUUGGCCGGUGACCGGUUACUGUAACUUUCGUGUUGAAUAACGACCUGCUACUGCCGGUGAGCAUCAAACCCAGCUCUCCCCAUUUAAACAAACACAAUGACAAACAUCAUCAACUCCUGCACAAUAAUUAGUCCUCUCUCCUCUCUUCUUUCUCAUCACCUCUCUUCUUUAUUGGUUUAUAUUUUUUUCUUGUCCAUCUCUGUUCUGGCGCGACUACUCUGUUUUAAGUUAACCGUACGUGUUUACAACUUUUAUUUACUUUCUUGGAAACUUGGAAAGAAAGCAAUGGAGUUUACUAGUUUUUAUCACCCAUCGUCUCUAAGCGUUUGGGAGUUUGGAGAUUUGAUGGCGGCGGAGAGGGAUUCAUUUGAGUUAUUAGGUUCUCAGCAACAUCAUCAGCUUCAGGGCAUUGCUGCUGCUUCACCUCAUUCCUUCCUUCUUGAAACGCUCCAACCGCAAACGCAACCGUUUGUUAAACUGCCUUCUGCUGAUUCAACUAUCUUUCAAGCUCCACCGUCAAACGGCGACGCGACUGCAGAUAAGUCAGUGACGUCAAGGGUGGAAUCUUUUUGUUCGGAUCAUUUUCUGAUAAAUUCACCGGCGACACCUAACUCGUCCUCGUUUUCUUCGGCGUCAAGCGAGGAUGCAAACGAAGAGAAAGCUAAAAGAGAAGACCAAGAAGAAGAAGAGGGACAUAAGAAGAGUGAUACUAAUAAACAGGUGAAACCAAAGAAUAAUAGCCUGAAGAGACAGAGAGAGCCAAGAGUAGCCUUCAUGACAAAGAGUGAGGUUGAUCAUCUCGAAGAUGGUUAUCGCUGGAGAAAAUAUGGUCAGAAAGCAGUCAAAAACAGUCCUUUUCCUAGGAGUUACUACCGUUGCACAACAGCUUCAUGUAACGUGAAGAAGAGAGUAGAGAGAUCAUUCAGAGAUCCAAGCACUGUGGUUACGACCUACGAAGGUCAACACACACACAUUAGUCCACUCAUGUCUCGUCCAGUCCCCGGUGGAGGCUUCUUCGGAUCGUCAGGAGUUGCUUCAAAUCUUGGUGGUAACUUUGGGUUUCCAAUGGAGAGCUCAACACUAAUAUCUCCUCAGUUCCAACAGCUUGUCCGUUACCACCAACAACAAGAAGUCUUGUCUUGUUUUGGAGGAGUCGGACAGUACGUUAACAGCCACACACAUGGGUAUGGUGAUGAUGAACGUGUGAAGAAGAGUCGAGGUUUGGUUAGAGAUAAUGGACUUCUUCAGGAUGUUGUCCCGUGUCAUAUGUUGAAGGAAGAGUAGUUAUAGUCUCUAUGUAGUAUUGUAAUAUGUAUAAAUUAAGGUUUUGUUUGUAUAAUUGUUUUAAAGAAACGGAUCACUUCGUUUUCAUGAGGCAGAUGUAGAUCUAAAAGUCCUAAGGUAAUGUCACCUACUGAUGUUUUUUUUCA